AUGGACUCCCAGGAGGAUUCUUGCUGGCAAAACACAAAAAACAACCAUCACAUCAAAAACAAUCACACCAACAACCAUCACAUCAACAACCGUCACACCAACAACCGUCACACCAACAACCAUCACACCGACAACCAUCACACCAACAACCAUCACACCGACAACCGUCACAUCAACAACCAUCACACCAUCAACCAUCACACCAUCAACCGUCACACCAACAACCAUCACACCAUCAACCAUCACACCAUCAACCGUCACACCAACAACCAUCACAUCAACAACCAUCACAUCAACAACCAUCACAUCAACAACCAUCACACCAACAACCAUCACACCAACAACCAUCACACCGACAACCAUCACACCACCAACCAUCACACCACCAACCGUCACACCAACAACCAUCACACCAUCAACCAUCACAUCAACAACCAUCACAUCAACAACCAUCACAUCAACAACCAUCACAUCAACAACCAUCACACCAACAACCAUCACACCAACAACCAUCACACCGACAACCAUCACACCACCAACCGUCACACCAACAACCAUCACACCACCAACCAUCACACCAUCAACCGUCACACCAACAACCAUCACACCAUCAACCAUCACACCAUCAACCGUCACACCAACAACCAUCACACCAUCAACCAUCACACCAUCAACCGUCACACCAACAACCAUCACACCAACAACCGUCACACCAACAACCGUCACACCAACAACCAUCACACCAACAACCAUCACACCGACAACCAUCACACCAACAACCGUCACACCAACAACCGUCACAUCAACAACCGUCACACCAACAACCAUCACACCAACAACCAUCACACCGACAACCAUCACACCAACAACCGUCACACCAACAACCGUCACACCACCAACCAUCACACCACCAACCAUCACACCACCAACCAUCACACCAACAACCGUCACAUCAACAACCGUCACACCAACAACCAUCACACCAACAACCAUCACACCGACAACCGUCACACCAACAACCGUCACACCAACAACCAUCACACCAACAACCAUCACACCAACAACCAUCACACCACCAACCAUCACACCAACAACCGUCACACCAACAACCAUCACACCAACAACCAUCACACCAACAACCAUCACACCAAAAACCGUCACACCAACAACCAUCACACCACCAACCAUCACACCACCAACCGUCACACCAACAACCAUCACACCACCAACCAUCACACCAUCAACCGUCACACCAACAACCAUCACACCAUCAACCAUCACACCAUCAACCGUCACACCAACAACCAUCACACCAUCAACCAUCACACCAUCAACCGUCACACCAACAACCAUCACACCAACAACCGUCACAUCAACAACCGUCACACCAACAACCAUCACACCAACAACCAUCACACCGACAACCAUCACACCAACAACCAUCACACCAACAACCGUCACAUCAACAACCGUCACACCAACAACCAUCACACCAACAACCAUCACACCGACAACCAUCACACCAACAACCGUCACACCAACAACCGUCACACCACCAACCAUCACACCACCAACCAUCACACCACCAACCAUCACACCAACAACCGUCACAUCAACAACCGUCACACCAACAACCAUCACACCAACAACCAUCACACCGACAACCAUCACACCAACAACCGUCACACCAACAACCAUCACACCAACAACCAUCACACCACCAACCAUCACACCAACAACCGUCACACCAACAACCAUCACACCAACAACCAUCACACCAACAACCAUCACACCAAAAACCGUCACACCAACAACCAUCACACCAACAACCAUCACACCGACAACCAUCACACCACCAACCAUCACACCAACAACCAUCACACCAACAACCAUCACACCAACAACCAUCACACCACCAACCAUCACACCAACAACCGUCACACCAACAACCAUCACACCAACAACCAUCACACCGACAACCAUCACACCAACAACCGUCACACCAACAACCGUCACACCAAAAACAAUCACACCGACAACCAUCACACCAACAACCAUCACACCAACAACCGUCAGACACAGCUCAUCACUGAUUCAGAUCAACAAACACACCAGAGAUGUAAAAACAGCCCUCUCAGUGCUUUUAUUCUUUCAUCUGCAACAUAA